CUCUUGUUUUGGCCACUCACUCCUCAGUGGAUUUACUUUUACAUCCUCUCAGUUGUGCAACCAGAUCUACAACUAUAACAGGUUGGUAAAAGUAGCUGUGUUUUAAUUAAGUUUAAUUAAUCAUAAGCUAAUUAAGAUUUUACGUUUUUUCACUUCCAUGCAGGUCUAUACUAUGCAUGCUAAUUACUCGUGUUAUCCAAUCAGUGCAAUAAACGCAGGCAGUUUGGACAGUUUGAGACUUUGGCCCAGCCCAAACAUUCAACGGUGCCCACAAAGUGACGUCACCAUACUAAAAUGGCGGUACUGAGAACUUUGAAUUUUUUCCCGUCUACUGGAGAUUCAAAAUAAACUCAACGAAAAUGGUAUAGGAGUAACUCGAGAGCCUUCACUGACGGAUACGGACAGUAACUACAGUGCCUCAUUUAAAAAAUGGACUCCGUGGUAGGGGAAGACCAGACUCUUCCUUUUGAUAUCAAUGGGAGCACAUUCACCAGGCUGCCUGAUGGUAUAGCAGAGUUCAGCAUGGACGACAUGUCAGCUCCCACUUUCCCUCCGGGGAACAUCUCCCCAUCCAAAGCCUUCACCAUGAAGGACUAUGAGAAUCAAAUCACAGCGCUGAAGAAGGAGAACUUCAACCUGAAACUCAGGAUCUAUUUUCUGGAGGAGCGCAUGCAGCAGAAAUGUGAUGACUCCACUGAGGACAUCUACAAAACGAACAUUGAGUUAAAGGUGGAAGUGGAGUCCUUAAAGAGAGAUCUCAGCGAGAAACAAGAACUCCUGGUGGCUGCAUCUAAAGCGCUUGAGAGUUUGGCCAACAGAGAUAUCACAGAUGCAGCCCACAUUAGAGAACGCGCCCACAGAGAAAUGGACUCUCUCCGAGACAUGUUCAACCAGAGAAUCAGUGAGCUGGAGGAGAGUCUUCGGGAGGCCGAAGGGGAGGUGGAAAGAAUGGCUGCCAUCGCAGAGCAACACAAACGCAACAACAUGGACCUGCAAAAGCAGCUGCAGGACCCCAACCAAUCACAGCCCUCUGCCAGGCCUGACUCCACCCAUCACCUACAAGCCCUGCAAGAGAAGGACCGGCUGAUCGAGGAGCUGCAAACAUCAAUGAGGAAUCAGGGCGAUCUGAUUGGUCAACUCCAGAGAGCUGGCACAGAGAAGCCAGCCACAGCGCAGAUUGUGCAGCUCAACACUCUCAUUGGCCUAAAGGAUGGGGAGUUACAAGCACUGAAAGAUGAACUGAGCCUUGAGAAAAUGAAGACAGAGAGGGAGAUCAAGGUGUGUGAACAGAGGCAGGCAGAAAUGGCGCGGUUAGAAGCUGCUGCCAAGCAACUCACCCAGGAGCUAAGCACCAUCAAGACCAAAAACCAGACCUUAGAAACAGACAAUCAGGAGUUGAGUGGAAAGCUGGAAGAAAAGGAUGGUGAGCUGGAUAAAGAGAAGAAAAAUGGCCAGAAACGAGACAAAACAAUCCAAGGCCUAAGCCUCUUGCUCAAGGAGAAGGAGAAAGAGAUAGAGGAUUUGUUCCGUGAUCUUGAGGAUAGGGAUCAGGCUCUGGUUAAAGCCAGAGAUGCCCUGCACAAAUCCCAGCUUCAGAAGUACCAUGGGGCCGAGGAGCAGCAGAACCUGCUGCUGGAGCGUCAGGCAGAGCUGGCGCAGCUGCAGGGUGACCUGCACGCGUGUGUGAGUGAGUGCAAGCGUCUGGAGCGGAUAGUGAGCAGCCGCGACGCCGAGGUGCAGCGCCUCACACACGAGCUGUACACGCUACGGGACGAGCUGGACGCCCUGCAGCAGACCAAACAGAGACAGGACAAGACCAUCAAUGACCCAAAUCAGCUGAAGAAGUUGAGCGGCGAGCUCGGAGCGAGGGAGAGCGAGAGAUCGAAGGAGCAGGAUGAAGAGCUGGAAGAGAGCAAGAGGAGGGAGCACACGCACGAGAGUUCCAUCCAGCGCCUCACACACACGCUCACAUACAAAGAGCAGCAGCUGCAGGAGUACAUGAACAUGCUGAGGGAUAUGGAGCAGAGUAGGAGUCCAACUGGAAGUGAUGUCAUCAUGAGCAAACUGCGAGAGCGACUGAAAGAGAAAGAGAAGGCACUGGAGGCUGCGCUGGAUGAGAAGUUUGCCGCUGUGGAGGAGAAGGAGAAUGAAGUGCACCAGCUGCAGCUCUGUCUACGAGAGAAGGACAGAGAUGUGGAGAGACUCAACAACCUGCUCACACACAACCAGGAAACUAUCAGUGGGCUCGAUACGCUGGUGAAGGAGAGAGAUGUGGAGCUGCAGCAACAGGUGAACUCCCUGAAGAACCUGCAGAGGAGCAAGCAGAGCACAGAGGACAGCCUGAACCGAGCGCUCCGAGAGAGAGACGCCCUCAUCCAGCAACUCCAACACGCUCUGGAGAGCAAGACCAAAGACCUAGAGGAACUGUUGGCUUCUGUGAUGAGCAAGUCCCAAGAGCAGGAUGGUGACGUGGCAGCACGGCUGUGCCAGAGGUUAAAGGUUGCCGAAGCGGAGCUAGCCACGGCUCUGAGGGAGAGAGAGAGACUCCUCAAUGAACACCAGAGCAGCAUCGACACUCUCCUCUCUACCAUCAGCAGCAAGGAGCAGCUGCUGCAGGACUCAUCGGAGCGUCACAGCCGUGGCCUGCGGGAGCGUGACGCUGAGCUCCAGGAGCUGCGGGGUCGUCUCACACACGUGCAGCGGCAGCUCAGCGACGCGCACACACACUCCACCGCCACCGCUCAGGACGCCCACCUCACCAGCGCACAGCUCCGCGCCCAGCUGGCCGAGAAAGACGACCUCAUCAAUAAGCUGCUGGAACAGGGGCAGGAGCGGGAUCGGUACCUGGCCGAGUUGAAGACUGAUGCUGCGGCCCCUCAAGUGGUGGAGCUCCGACAGACCAUCCAUCUUCUUCAGCAACAACUAGAGGAGAAAGACGUUGAAUUAAAUGAUAAGGGACCUGAUGAGAGCCCGAAGGCUAAAAAGUCUUUGGCAGCCCUAAAGAAACAGCUGUCAGUGAAAACGGAGAAUCUCAACAAAGCCCUUCAGAGAGAGGAGGACCUCAAGAGCUUGGUCGCAGAGCUUGAAGGUCGACUAAAGGAGCAGACCAUCAACAUAGAGACCCUCACACACACUAUUACCACCAAGGAAGAAUUCCAGCUCCAAACAGAUGAGUGCAGGGGUCCUGGACCCCCUCAGAGAGAGAGCACAAGCAUUGGGGGAGACAGCAAGGAGGCCCUGCCCCCUUUGUCAGCUCUGCGCAUGGAGUGGGAGGGGCUGAACCGUUCACUGAGGGCAGAGCAACAGCUGUACUUCAACCUGGUGCGCUCUGUCAAACAGCAGGACAGCGCUGAGCGUCUGCAGGCCCUGCAGCUGGAGCUCACCUCCGUCCAGCUCCUGCGGCAGCAGCUGGAGUCCAGCAUCCUGGCCAACGAGCAGCUCCGGGAGCAGCUGGAGCAGGACAUGCAGGGAGCCAGUCAGAGUGAAGGUGAGGAGCUUCAGAUUGUGCGCUCUGCAUUGGAGGAGGCUCGGCGCUGGAACACAUCUCUUCAGGCUCGACUGGGACAGAUACAGAGUCGCGGCGGUGGAGUCGGACAGGCCAAUGACACUGGUGACUUCCCGAGUGUGAUCGCUGAUCAGACGUCUUAUAUGACCAUCUGUUUGGGAGAGGCUGAGGAGACGGAGUUGGAUCAGCUGAGUGUGUCUCAGCUCAAACUGAAGGUGGCUGAGUUGCAGGCCUUGAAUGCCGAGCUGCAGAAGAGAGCGGCACUUACCCCAGAGCUUCCACCUUACAGCCAGCACCCAGAGGUAGCAGAGCAGGUUAACACAGAAAGGCGGCGGAGCACAAACACACAGGUGAAGCUCGUUGUUGCUCGUUCACCUGAUGGAGGCAGCAGUGAAAACGUGUCAUUGGCUGGCUUGCCUGCAGUGUUCCUCAGCAUACAGCAGGAGGUCUGGCAGUGUGACCAGUCAUCUGGGCACAGGUCCCAGACAACCUCACCUGACAGAUCGAGUCAGAAGGAGCAGCGGUCUAAAGAGAGCAAGGAAAGCGCCGACGCUUCCGGUGACAGCGAUGGCCCCGGUGACCUCCGCCAUACCAUCCAGCGUCUGAGGUCGGAGGCCAGGGGUCACGGUCAGGUCAUCAGUCAGCUGAAGGAGCAGCUGCAGCGCAGCACGGCACAGGCCGGCGCCUUCGACCCCGAACUGAUCGUCAGCAUGGCACGCGAGAUGGAGAGACUGAGGGAGGAGAACGAGGCCUUAGAGCGGCGGGCACGGAGCCUGGAGGGCAAACUGCUGCAGGAGAGAGAGGACAAGGAGAGGAGAGUAAGAGAGAAAGAGAGGCAGGAGAGAGAGAGGAGGAGUUGUGCCGGAGAGAACGAGGGAGGAAGGGGAGAGACGGCGAGGAGAGAGAGAGAGAGGCCAAAGGAAAGAAGGGAGAGAGGAGAAGGGGAGAGAGGUCAGAGAGAGGAGAUAGGGACAGACAGCCGGGAUGAUGAGAGCGCCUCCUCCAAGUCCAGCUCCCCCAGCAGACAGACGAUCAACCUCAUUGCCAGACACACAGCGUACGUGAAGUCCAGGCUGCCUGUCUUGGCCCGCUUCAGCAGACAGGCCGAGAGGCCGGGAGUGGACCACCCGGUGUGUGAUGGGGGUCCAGACUCGCCCUACCCAGCACAGAGGAACCUCCUGGGGGCUGAGGACCAGCCAGCGUCCCCUAGAUCGUCCCAGCAAAGCAGCCCAGGGACCACGAGCUCCAGACGCAGCCCUGUGCGCUCUGAGCGGACCCUGGGCACGGAUGGAGAUGUGGUCGUGACCCUCGAGCUGGAGACUCAGCUGGAGCUUCUUCAGCAGGAGUGCCAGGAGAGGGAGGGGCUUCUGCAGCGGAAGGCGGAGCAGUGGGAGGAUCUGCAGGCGGAGCUUCAGGAGAAGGACCGGCUCCUGCGUGAAUACCUGCAGGCGUUGAAGGCGGCGGAGUCCACCAUCGCCUACCUCACGGCCUGCAGCCUGGACUCCCAAACUGGUGUGGCUACGAGCGGCCGGGCUCAGGGCUCAGACCUGGAUCCUGAGCCUCUGGGGCUGAGCGCCAGGCUGCAGGAGUGUGUGAGGAGAGCCGAGGAGGCCAUUGCGGCCCUGGCUCAAUGCGAGCCGGAUGCCACAUAUUCUCACGCUCCCGAGCUGUUGGCCCGGCUGGAGGAGCUCCAGGAGGAGGUGCAGGCGCUCCGAGACCCCCAGCAGGUGCAGCGGCAGGCGGACGCCAUCCAGGAGGCAUUGUGGGAGCAGAGCCGACUCAACGCCGAGCUGCAGGAGCGCCUCAGGGCUGCCGAGGCCCAGGUGAAGGCCUAUGCUAACGCUAAAACCGACCAUAGCCCCACUGCUGUUGAUGCCGCUCUUAGCACUGAUGCUAACAAUGCUAAAGUAGCUGACUAUAAGCACAGAAGUCCUGCCAAAACCAAAUCCAGUAGCAGUGUUAACGAAGCUAGCAUGACUGUUGUGAGUCCCUCACUCAGUCCUGAUUUGUCUAGCGCCUCUGUUGGCCAGGGGGGGAGCCGCCACAGCAGCAGCAGUAGCCAAAUAGAAGGGGAAGGAUUGCAGAGUGUGAAGACUCGCAAGGUCCUUCCCAAAAUGGCCGACCUGCGUGGCAAUGCACAGAGAGAGGAGUGUUUGCGUGAGUGUGUGCGGGCUGUGGAGGGCGCAGUGGAGGCUCUUGUUGCCUGCUGUUCCCGUCCUGACCCCGAUGACCUUUCUGACCCCCGUCGUGCCUCUGACCAUGCAAGCACCUCUCUCAACGCCACGCUUAUGCAGCAGAUGAACCGUCUUCUUCACGUGCUGCAUCAGAAGAGCAGGUUAGAUGGACUCGCUCCUACUCACACCUCCACACCCAAGGUCCAUCCAAACCCCGCGCUGAUGCUGAUCACCCCGCCUCCUGAGAGAUUCAGCGUCCAGAUUACGGCAGAAAGUGGAUCAACACCCAGCCCGGUCCUACACACCCAGCAGAGUCCCUCAAAGUCCAAACCCCAUUCCAGCUCGGCCUCUAAGAACCAGCAAAGUCCAACCAAAACCCGGUCCCAGUCCAGCCCGGCCCAUCAGAGCAAGCAGAAUCCAGUGAAAUCCAAAUCUCAUCCUAGCCUGGCCCCUCAGGACCUGCAUCACAACCUGCUGCUCCUGCUGCAGCUCUUCGGGGAGCGUGCCCAGAGAGUGAGCGUGUUAGAGGAGCAGCUCGCCAGCCUGCAGGACAGGCUACAGAUCUCACAGGCUGGCAGACACAGAGCGCCCCCUGCUGCAGCAGAGGAGCGGGCGCAGGACCAGGGCUAUGAGACCAGCGGGCGCAGCGAGCCGGAGGCCAGUAGCACAGACGUGGAUGUGGUGCUGGACACUGCCUCCAGCCCCUCCUACCCCAGCUCACCCGGCCUCAGCCUGACCCCGCGACCCCCGGCUGACCUCUGUGACCCCGACGCUGACCCCACCCUGAUCCGGCAGCAGCUGGCCCAGCUGCGCGCUCAGGUGGAGGGUCAGCAGAAGGUCAUCCAGCACCUGCAGACAGGCCACCGGAGGUCAUCACUCUCCGUUGAACUGCUGACCGCCGCCUCUGGGGCAGAUGGCGAGCGCGCGGAGAAGGGCGAGAGACGAGGGAGGAGGGAGCAGAAGUCCUGCCUGGGCUCUGGAGAGCUGGGGAAGGACCGAACACUGAACAGAAGCCUCUGCCAGUCUGCCUCUCCCUCCAGGAUCGAGUCUCUGGUGCAGUCCCAGGCGCGGGAGCUGUGUGAGCUGAGGCAGCAGAUCCGUGCCAGUGGGCUGCUGGGCGUGGAGCAGCGGCGCGUGCUGAUGGAGCUCCGUAGGGCCAUGGAGGACAUGCUGCAGACCUCCCAGCAGCAGCCUCACCUGGGACAGAACAUCCAGCAGAGCCUAGACCACAGCCUGGGGCUUCUGAACAUGCUGCAGCCAGGGGACACUUCACCCAGAGACAGGGAGCAAGGGAUGGGUCAGACCCAGAGUGUGUGCUCGGAGCUGCAGCAGAAGUCUCGGCUCAUCCGUUCUCUGCAGGAGCAGCUAGGCGUCAAAUCUCCCAGCAGCCACCAGGGCUCCAUCUCCAAUGACAACAGCACAGCGUCUUAUCACAACAGCCCCCCUGCUGGCCUCCGAGCCUCAACAGGGCUGAAGCUGACCAAUGGCAUGGCAGCGGCCGGCGAGGGUGUCGUUACCGUGGAGACAGAGGAGAGCAGCACGCGCACUCUGCACAGGGAGAACGGGCGUCUGCAGGAGCAGCUGCGCUCCAGCGAGCAGCUCAACACCACGCUUCGCAGCGAGCUGGACCUGCACCGCUCCCUCCUCACACACACGCACGCGCAGGCGCACACACACUCACACACACUCACACCCACAAAGGAGCAGGCAGGGGUGCAGACAGAGACGAGAACACAGCCAGACACAGCCAACAGGACCAUCAACACAGAUCUGUUAGCUGAGCACCUGCAAGAGAUCCGCGCUCUGCGUCAGCGUCUGGAGGAGACCAUCUGCACCAAUGAGAGACUAAGAGAACAGCUGGAGAGGAGGCUGCAGGAGGCCCAGAGAGACCCAGCAGGCACAAACAUCUUCAUCGCGGGGCUGGAGGACCAGGGGCAGCUGGCCAACGAGGUCCGCAAGCUGUGGGCCCACAACCACACACUCAGAGAACAGCUCAACCAGGGCAGCAGAGAUAAGCAGAAGGAGAAUGAACGUCUGCGUGAGACUCUGGCCAGGAGAACAGCCAAGCUGGAGCGCAGCCGCAGAGAACACACACACCUGCAGGAGAAUCUGCACAGACUGCAGUGUGAGGUGAAGCAGCAGAAGCAGCAGCUCUCUGACAGUCAGCAGGUCCUCAAGUCUCUGCGCGUGGAGCUGAAGCUGCAGGGGCACAUCAGGAGCACAGAAGGGGAGGAGCAGCCGCCCUCUGGUGUGGAUCUGACUGCACUCCUAGCAGAGGUGAGACACCUGAGAGAGCAGUUGGAGAGAAGCAUCCGGAACCACACCAUCAACAUCAACUACCUACUGCCGUCAGAUGAAUGUGGAAGAUCAGAGCAGCUUAACCCUUCAUCACACCCUGAUGCCAACACUGCACAAGACAGCGGCAGCUCUGUGGGCAGCGGCUCGCCCCCUCCCUCUCGCCUGGUGCCAGGGGUGCGUGUGUUUGCAGCCCGCGGGGGUCGCCACGUGCUGGGCCUCAGCGAGGACUACAGCGCCCUGCACACACACCUCACACAGGCACUCGCCUACACACAGCACAUGGACGAACACACACAGGACUGCAAAACGGCCCAGUGUAAGAGUAUGUCAACCAGUGUGAACAGUAUGCAGCAGGUACUGGAAGAGGCCGGCAGACUUCUCAAACUCUUCUGGAGAGUCACCCUACCGUCAGAUGCAUACAGACCGCAGGACGAGAUGCUGAGGAGUGAGAUCUCUCGUCUGAAGAGCAGGCUGCAGCAGCAGGAGUGUGUGCUGAGCGGCGCCGUCAAGCGCCUGCACUCCACCAACCAGCUCAAAGAGGGCAUGGAGCGCCUCGUCAUAGACCAGUUGUCUCUCACCCAUGGGAUCCUGAAAAAAGCUCGAGGGAACCUGGAGACUCACUAUUACGGCCUCAGUGGCCAGUCUGUAGAAGGAUGUCCCAACGAGUGGGCCGUGACAGAAGACCAACCAUGCCCCUCCCCAAAGGCCAGGUCCACCCCCAGACCGGACUCUGCUAGUGAUGUCUCCUCCCACUGCAGCUGUUAGACCCGCCUCUUCGAUUAACCCCUCCUCUUCAGGAGGUGCUGCCAGUCAUCCUCUGACAAGCUCCUCCUGAAUAUUCUUUGGUAGAUAUAGUAAUUCCGUUAUGGUACGAGACAAGCGUUUGAGAUUUUGGAGGCUGUUGACUGUGAUUGCACAUUUCUUUGCUAUAUAUUUGUAACCUAUUUUCAUAGUAAGAGGCUGUAAUAUGUUUUAUUGUUGAACAGUAAGAAGGGAAAAUAUUUUGUUCUUGUAAAUAUGGAAUUUCUCCUCUGGGUGUUGUAGAAAAUCAAGGUCCUGAUGUCACUGCCUAAUGUGUGUGUGUGUGUGUGUGUGUGUGUGAGAGAGGGUGAGUGUGUGUGUAUAUGAGCGAAAGAUAGCUAAAGCAGCUAUACUUAUGUGUGAUUUGAAAUACUAUUGCAGGAUGUAAAUCUAUCCACCAUUAAAA